AUGUCCCAAAAUAUAUUGCAAGAAAUGGCUUCAUCGCUUCGAUCAAGCAAAGCUCAACUUGAAGUGGUUAACAUGCAAUUGAGUCGCCUUGAACGGCAACAAAAGCUGGCGUCGGUGACAGCUAAAGAGCUGGAAUCUUAUCCAGUGGAAAACGUUUGGAGAUCUUGUGGGAAGAUGUUCAUGUUUCAGGAUAAGGCCAAGUAUGUUACUGAGCUCUCUCAGGAUGAAAAGAGUGUUGAAGAGCAAAUUAAAGCUAUGAAAAUCAAGCAGCACUAUCUACAAACUACGGUGGAUAACACGGUCGAAAGCCUCAGACGAGUUGUGCAACAAUGA